ACCGGUGACCGAGAGUUGCAGUCGUGAGCCGACAAGACGAAUAAGCUAAAGUCAGCCUGUCAGCGAGCGUUCAUAUUACAUCCUCUGGCUCUCUUGUUCCGCCGCAAUCUCGUUAAAAUCACACCCCACAAGAAUCUGCACACAACCAUUUAAUUGGUUUUAGACUUAUACACGCCAUCGUCAAAAACACGCUGCGACUAUGUGUUCCUUGCCUCGUCGCAUCAUCAAGGAAACGCAGCGGCUCAUGCAGGAGCCCGUGCCCGGGAUCAGUGCUGUGCCAGAUGAAAGCAAUGCUCGCUACUUUCACGUUAUAGUGACCGGGCCAGAAGACUCUCCAUUUGAGGGUGGCCUUUUCAAGCUGGAACUCUUCCUGCCGGAAGACUACCCAAUGUCUGCCCCUAAAGUUCGCUUCAUUACAAAGAUCUACCACCCCAAUAUUGACCGACUUGGCCGCAUCUGCCUGGACAUUCUCAAAGACAAGUGGAGUCCCGCCCUGCAGAUCAGGACGGUGUUGUUGUCCAUCCAGGCUUUGCUGAGCGCGCCAAAUCCGGACGACCCCCUUGCAAAUGAUGUUGCCGAGCUGUGGAAAGUCAAUGAGGCUGAAGCUAUCAGGAAUGCCAAGGAGUGGACACGCAGAUACGCCAUGGACAGUUAGUGGGACUGGCACACUGUGAAGUUUUUACUUUAUUUCACUUCUUGAUGCAAAAAUCAAUGCCUUUUGCGCAUUACUAUAUGCCAGACGAUCCCCUCUACUGUUUCAGUUUGAACUUCCACUGCAAUGAUUUACUCAAUUAAUUGAAUGCCAGGGUAACUUUGUUUAAGCUUGUAUGUAUU